AGCCUGUGUGGACAUUUUUAAAGAUCUGGAUACAACUGUGGUAACCCACAGGGUAAAAAUUACUUUGAUGAGGAAUCCCUAGCAAAUGUCAUAUUCAACAAAAAAGCCCGUUUGCAACUCUUCACUUGGAGAUAGAACUGUUGAAGUACGAGCUGUUGGAGCAUGGAUAGAAGAUAGACCUGCUCAGUUGUUACAUGAAGUUUCAAGACAGAGAUAUGAGGUGUGCAGAAGCUGCUCAUGUACAAAUGAAGAAAACUGCAUCUGUAGCAUCACUUGUGGCACAGAGGCCGAAAAUGCAGCUGUGAGAGAAGAGUUUCGUGUGCAAGAGACACUAAAACAGAAAGAAAUUAACUUGAAAACUUUCAGAGCUGCUGUUCAAAAACGACUUCAACUAGUACAACAGCUCAAGCAUGAGGAACAGGUCUUAAGACAGCUUCAUUUUGAAGAUCAAAAACAACACCUUAAGCAGCAAGUUUCAAAGCUUCAGCCUCCAUCAUCCAAGGAAAAGGAUAGUAACUUUUGUGAUGCACUAACUAUAAACUUCAAAAAUGAUACUUUAAACAAUCUGCAGAAACAUCUUUUAGAGAUUGACAACCAGCUAAAUAUGAUAAGCUCCAAAAGGGAAGUUAAAAAUACCAAAGUACUACAAGAGAUUUCCUACAACGAAACAAGAAGUGCUUGUGAUUCCAAUAAAAUACCUCAGCAAACUUGUACUGAUAAUGUUAAUGCAAGCUCUGUGGAAAUAUUGCAUUCUGAACCUCAAGCUUAUCUCCUGAAUGCUGUGGUGGGGUUAACAGAUUCUAAAAAACACCAAAAUCACCGAUUACCUCAUGUUAGAAAGUUCCUAAGUCAACAAAACCAGAAACAAGCUCAUCAGUGGAGGCUGCACAAUCAAGUUAAAAAAAAGAGUCCUCAGCACCUGAUGAAGAAGAAACCUGAGUUAAUGAAUUCUGGAGGAAAUAAUACUUAUCGGAUAAGGAAGAGAAAAUGUGUUGACUUACAUUCUAGAAAUAAAGCUUCUACCCAUCUAAGUGACAAUAUGUCUGAGUGUUCUUGUAAAAGUGAUUCAGUUGUAAAAAAAGAUGUCAGUACACAGGUAGAACCGUCUGCUUUUGAUAUUGUUACUGCAGAUAAGUAUGUUCAAGUUUCACCUGAAAAAGAUCCCAGUGAAGGUCCUAAUUGUUCAGCUAAGCAACAAAGUGAAAAUGAAAACCUUGAAGAAAUCUGCACAGUGUGUGUCAAAUAUGAUGAUGGCAUCUUGAUCAUUGAGCAACUUUGAUGCAAGAUAGCAUAGGCUGCACAAUGUUUGCAUUUGAUUAAAAUAAUUAUAGGUUUUAAAGAAUAAAAUAUAACUGCUUGUUCAUUAUGCGUGUGAAUAAUCCUGUGUUUAAUAGUUAUAUGCAACUUAACCUUAUUAUUCUUGUACAUGUUAUAUGAUUUUUUACUUGUCUGUAUAUAGAGAAACAUACAUAUUAUUUUUCUUAAAGUAAGAUUUAUUUUAAGAAUUUGAACUUAGUUUGAUGUGUUUUGAAAUUUGAGUAGUAUACAAGGAAUACAGACGUACAUGCAUAUGCAUUGUUCCAAAGCACUAGUGUUUAUAUGCCAAGUACAAAAGUAUAGAAUUUCAAAUUUGUGUUUGUGCUUUGUACAUACCCGUAAUGGGAUGUUUUCCAUUAUUAUUACAAUCCCUUGAGUUGCAUUUUCUUUUAUGUUCCUGCACAGGUAUACUCACUUGAAUGUGUCCUAGUUUUAGAGAAAGUGUAUCAAUAAAUGACAAAAAAUUAUUCCUGCUUUUUCUUCCAUAUAUUUUAUACAUUUUAUGAGUUAGUCUAGAAACAUUCUUUGAGCUUUGAAAGCAUUUUAUAGCUCUUCUAAUUAAUAUAAAAAUUGUUAUACAUAUAAAGUAUCAGGAAAAAAUUUUAUCUUUGUGAGCAUUGCAAAAUUGUAAUAAAUUUUAAAUACAUUUUAAGUGAUCAAAUCUCCUGGACCUUUCUUUGACAUUUUUGGGAUAUUUAAUGAUGCUUUUUUUUUUUUUACUCAAUAUUACCCCAAUUUUUGUGUCAGCAAUUUCAUAAAUAAAUAUUUAUGUGCAACAUGGAAUGCAAUAUUAUGGAAGACGUUUACCACUGGCAGUGUUUUACUCGUAUCUUCCCUAGCAGUUUCCCAAUUGAAGAACAUUGUGAGCAUUAAUGAUAGUAUGAAAUUCUACCAAAGGUAUACAUGUUUGCAGAGUCUGAUGAAAUCAUGGUUAUGAACUGGUAUAUACUUUAGUUUACUCAUAACUUGCUAUUAGAACAUGUAUUUUAGUCUGAACUAAAAAUAAGUUUGUAGUUUAUGCAACAUUAUCAGAAACUUGACUAAUAAAUUUUUAUUUUGUGUACAUACCCUGUAAAAAAUCUCAGCAAAUUAUUAAACAAAUUCCCAUAUUAUGGAUUACAACCUGGAACAUAAAUAAUUUCCUUCAAAUAUAUACAUGCUUUAUGCCUUAUUAAUAAAAACUUUAUAGUUAUUGUUCUAUUUUAACUUGAGGAAUUCCAUCAGGGAUCAAACAACUAGCCAUUUUAUGUUCGAUAUGUACAGUUCUUUUAGUUUUUGACUAAAAUAUUCUGUAUGGAAACAAGGGAUAUUUCAUUAUUUUCAACUCAAAAAUAACAGUGUUUUAUGGGCUUAACUGUAGAUUCUAAUAAAGAUUGUAUUUGUACACUGAAUCAUAACAACUGAUAGCUGUUGUCUUCAUGAACUUAAAGUUCAAUAAGAUAUUCUAGCAUUUUGAAAGUGAUAUUUUCUAAACUAUCAGAAAAUAUAGCUUGUUUUAUUUAUAAAAUAGUUUAACGUGCAAAUUUUGAUAUAUUUAAGAAGUCAUAAAUGAUGAGAAAAUUGACAAAAUUCAUCACCAGGAGGCAAAUUUAAAUGCGCAACUCGAUAAAUCUACUACUGAGAAA